GAAGUGUCACCAAGUUAUUGUGUAAUAAAGAUGGCAAGGAACUGGUAUCUCACUGUUUUAGUGCUUGCUGGAAUUGGGUCCUGCUGGUCACAGUCAAAUGCUACAGUUAGCGACCCAUGCUCCAAGUUAACAUGCUAUAACGGAGGGACAUGCGUUCGGCGUUGGGAAAGUUAUGCAACCUGUGUCUGUAAAGGCGGUUACACCGGUACAUACUGUCAAUACUCCAUGUCUACCACGACUCCGUCAGGCAGGAGGACAACGUAUCCGAACUAUUGUGCACGCAUCCGGUGUCAAAAUGGCGGGUCCUGUAUGAACAGUGACAGCGGGUUCUGGUAUUGCGUGUGCCAACCAUUCACGAGUGGAAAGUACUGCGAAUAUAAAAUCGACAAACCCAAAGAGACGACAGUGGCGACGCUGUCCCCGGCGAUCUGUGGUGGCAUUCAGUGCAGAAACGGGGGCUCAUGUCAAGUGACAGACUCGGGAUAUGCCUAUUGCAUAUGUCAGAUACCUUAUAACGGGAGAUUGUGUGAAAAUAGAGCCUCAAUCAACUACGCAGAGACGACGACCUGGAGUACGGCACCCACCAAAUAUCCUAACUACUGUGCCUCCAUCCGGUGUCAGAAUGGGGGCACGUGUUAUAACAGUGAUAGCGGAUACGGAUACUGUGUUUGUCAGCCUUUGACCACAGGGAAAUACUGUGAAUAUUAUUACACCUCAGCCAACUACGCAGAAACGACGGCACCCACCAAAUAUCCCAACUACUGUGCCUCCAUCUGGUGUCAGAACGGGGGCACGUGUUAUAACAGUGAUAGCGGAUACGGAUACUGUGUUUGUCAGCCUUUGACAACAGGGAAAUACUGUGAAUAUUAUUAUGGACCCGAUGGUCAAAAGACAACAACUGCUUCGUCUUUUUACGAAUCCACACCACGAUAUGACCCAUGUGUAUCAAAUCCCUGUCUGAAUGGGGGAACCUGUAAAACCUACUCGUACGGCUACUCAGGUUACUACUGUGAUUGUCCCUCCUACGCCAAGGGACAGAGAUGUCAGUUAUCAAGUGUCCAAGAGCCGCCAUGCAAGUUGCGGUCCAUUGAUUUCAAGUGGGAUGACUUGGAGAAGUUUGAGAACGUCACUGAAACUAUGUGCCAACAGUACUGCUCUGCGGACAGUCGCUGUCAAUAUUGGACUUACCACCUAUAUUGGAAUGUAACGACGAAUGUCAAAGACUCUGUGCCGAGACUGCCGAGUGCCAAUUUUGGAGUCUUUCCUACGUCUCUGGAAGUCGAAGAUGCUUUAGAAAGCGCUCUGCUACUGGUUUGCCUAGCCGUGUCACGGACAAACCAGGAACCAACUCUGGUUUUAAAAGAUGUCCCAACGGUUUUCACAGUUUGUCACAGAAUGAUGGUUGGGGCCUACACUAUGGCAAAUAGGUCGUCCAUAUCAGAAUUAUGACGUCAUUCCCUGAUCCAAACGCCUCGUGUCCCACCAUCACAAGUUGAUAUGUAAUAUUUCU